UUAAACCCCCCAACCCAGCCAGCGCCCUGUCCUGUCCGUCGGUGUCUCGGGCCCCGAAAGCAUCGCCUCUUCGAGCUCUGAGAAGUCCUGCUCUCACUCAGCAUGGCAAACAAAGGCCCCUCCUACGGCAUGAGCCGGGAAGUGCAGUCCAAGAUCGAGAAGAAGUAUGAUGAUGAGCUAGAGGAGCGGUUGGUGGAAUGGAUUAUUGUGCAGUGUGGGUCUGAAGUGGGCCGUCCUGAUCGAGGGCGACUGGGCUUCCAAGUCUGGCUGAAGAACGGUGUGAUCCUGAGCAAGCUGGUGAAUAGCCUGCACCCUGAGGGUUCCAAGCCAGUGAAGGUACCUGAGAAUCCACCCACCAUGGUCUUCAAGCAGAUGGAACAGGUGGCUCAGUUCCUGAAGGCAGCUGAGGAUUAUGGGGUCACCAAGACUGACAUGUUCCAGACUGUUGACCUCUUUGAAGGUAAAGACCUGGCAGCUGUGCAGAGAACUCUGAUGGCACUAGGAAGCCUGGCAGUGACCAAAAAUGAUGGCCACUACCGUGGAGAUCCCAACUGGUUCAUGAAGAAAGCCCAGGAGCACAAGAGGGAAUUCACAGAUAGCCAGCUCCAGGAAGGCAAGCACGUCAUCGGCCUACAGAUGGGCAGUAACAGGGGAGCCUCCCAGGCUGGCAUGACAGGCUACGGGCGGCCCCGGCAGAUCAUCAGUUAGAGGGCUAGGACGCCAGCCUCUUCCCCGGCCCCUGCCCCAACUCCUCAGCUGCAGCAAGCCUAGCUCGCCCGCCUCGCCCCACCCCCUGUGCAGUCCCAGCCUUGGCCAAGCUUGGAGGCCCCCUGCCUCCUCAGGGUGGCUCUCUCUCUAUCCUAAAGCACCUUUCCCUGACCCAACCAAAAUCAUCUUCCCAAUCUCCACAACCAUCUUCUACCACUUGCCCUGAGAGGGAGGCUAGCUUGAGGACUAGUUAUGUCCUCUUUGAAAAAGACAACAGCCCAGAGAAGGAAUUUCCAGUCCAUGCUCUCCCCCCUCCCCAACUCCACUUUCCAUUUUGUACAUUGGUAUUUUGGGAGUUAAAAUUUAGAGGAAAAAAUACUAUGUCAAUCUUUUCUCACACCCGGCUAGCCUAGCAAUCUUGAAUUGUGGUAAGCCCUUAGGUAGUGCUGGGGAUGGGAGGGGAGGAACCAGGCCUACUUUGUGCCCUGUCAUACUGAGAGUUCAGACAAAGUCCUGGACUAGGUGGAAAAUGAGGAGGUGCCCCGAGCUUGCUUUUGGUUGAAAAAUGAAAGGAGAAUCAGGGUGCAGACACUGGAUCUGUGAUUUAAAUGAGGAAUUGGGGAAAAUAGAGAGAGUCUAAGGUUGGCUAGGUAGGUUUUUAUUUUGGAAAAGCUGUGCAGAAAAAAAAAAAUCAAAAAAAUUUUGCUGUGAAAAGAGAAAAAUAAAUUUAAGCCCUUAAAAAAAUA